CUACUCCAAAUCUCCGCAGAUGGAAAAUUAUGUUGGCAGUUUUCCUGACAGCAAGCAUUACUUUGAAACUGUCACUCCUUCUGGUCCUGUUUCAGCCAGUUUUUCAGGGAAGCUCUUCAGAAACUUUCGGCUCUGCAGUCUCAUUUCGUUCCUGUGAAUUGGCCCAUCGCAAUUUAACAGAGAACCUGACUUUGGAUCCAGAUACUGCACAUUACCAGUUGGUUCUGUCAAAGGAUGGCAAAAGGGUGUGCCGUGGAAACAGUGCGGUGAAUACGCUACCCACAAACAUAAAAAGAUUUGACCAUCACAUCAGUGUCCUGACUCAUAAGGGAUUUACCUCAGGGAAACACUGCUGGAGGGUGGAUACUGGAAAUGGGAAAUACUGGAGUAUGGGGGUUGCCAGAGAGACCGUGAGGAGAAAGGGAAAUUUCAACAUUAGUCCCGAGGAAGGCAUCUGGGCAAUUAAAGUGUGGGAUGGCGAAUACCACGGUCUCACUUCCCCUACAGAAGUGCUCUGUCUGAGAAAAGUUCCCAACGUGAUCUGGGUGUAUUUGGACUACGAGGAGGAGAAGGUGGCAUUUUUCAAUGCUGUGACCGAAGACCACAUUUUCACUUUCCCAAAGGCUUCGUUUUCUGGAGAAAGAGUUUUCCCCUGGUUUGAAGUGUGGGCUUCAGACUUCCACCUCACUCUGCUGCCCUGAGAUCAGGGUCGGAUCUAAAUAUUUUUUGGAAGGGGGACAAAAAUACAAAAUGGCGCCUUCUGUAUAUUAUGCACAUAUUUUUCUUCAUAUAUGCGUAUAUAAUCGACAAUUCUUUUAAAUGAUAGAAUGCAUUAU